AUGGCCCCGAGCAUCAGCCCAUUCGCCUGCUCAGCAGUACUGGCUCGUCUUGCCCUAUUAUUGAUAUUUCUGCAGCCUCUUGCGUGCUUGUGCCACUUGAAUGGCCCUCUUAGCCAUUCCCACGCCUCUCUCGUUCACGCCGAGGGAGAGGGCAGCGGCACCGCAAGCGGUGGACGGAGAGAUGCUUCUGGGGGCCCCCAUGAACAACCUGGCGCCGAGGCUCAUCCGUGGGAGGCUACUUGUGGCUCUUACAAAUCUGUUACAGUGCGAUUCCCUGAGUUGCAUGCCCGCGCCACGUAUGACCUUGGGCAGGUCGUGCAGGCAGCUCCGCCUAUGGGAUGGACCUGCAAGGCUUCUGAGCCUCUCUUUGAGCUUGAAGAGUACCCUCCAUUUUUCCAAACAGUGUUGUCAUUGAUGUUUGGUAUUUCCGGGGGUUCAAAGGGGAAGAAUGCGCGCAACAAGCUGCACAAGCACAAGGACAAGCACGUAUUCUUUACAUUCAACCCGUGCAGACUAUUGCCGCACACUUGCCACGGCUCUCGUGGCCGGCUGUUCAAGUUUGCAGCGAAACUUAAAAAACCUCAUGAACCACACGAGGAGAUCGAACGUCUGCUAGCGGAUCUUCUGAAGGUGCCGCCCCCAUCCUCCAAUUCCUUGGCAGCAGCUGAGACGAGAGAAGAGGAGGCCGACACAACCGAGUGCCUGCAGAACGUCCUCUCCACAAACACCACUAUGCUGUAUUCUUAUCGCGAUGAGAGGCUGCAGCAGCACCCUGACAGCAACGGGAUCGGCGGCCUGUGGUCUGCGCCGGAGAUCACUGACGACCCAACCCCCUGGGAGCCCUUGAAUACGAACAACCCGUUUGAAGGCCUGCAAGCGCACAUGCAUCACGUACACAUAUUUUGUCCCGAGUCAUCUCUCCACACUCACGUUGUUCUCAAGUGUCCUAACUUGGCAGGUGCAGCGGAUACAGCUGCAGCAGCAGGAAACGCAGCAUCGGCCACCAAAUUUGAACUCUGUGAACACCCGGACCCUUGCCACUUCAACAUGGUGCUGACGACCCCAGCGGCCUGCCCUACCCUUGUAGACUACAGCGGUGGAGCAGCAGCAGCUGUGCCCUCAGCUGCGUCUGCUACUCUGCUUUCAGGGAAACUGAUCCCAAACUCGAACACGAAAGAGAAGGACAAUACAGACAAAAAUAAUGCCACGCCCGAGUCGCACGAACAACCAGCAGCGAAGCGCGACGGCGGCGUGACACCAGCAGAGGUCUCCGGUGGAGCAAAGCAUUUGCCUUUAACUUCGGGGGAACAUCAAAAGCAAAGCUCGAGGGCCUCUGCAGCUCCACAGGAAUAUCACGGCGUGAAGUCGGACUCAGGGGAGAACCAGGACGAGGGUUUGUGGCAACUGCUGCAUCGUCUGCUGCUGCUAUGCUUGCGUAUAAGUGUCUGCGCUUUGGUGUUUGCAUGGAUUAUAUAUGGAGUCAGAGACUGGAAGGAAACAAAGCUGCAAUACGCCGCUUUCCCAGGAGAGAAGUCAGGGGAGGAUGCAGCGGCGGCUUCGGCAAACGUGAAUUCCUAUGACAGCUGCGUCAAGGCUCUCGUGGAGGCCUCAUCUAGCCCAACAUCAGCAACAGAUAAGCAAGGGUUCCAGCUAGCAACAAAGUACACAACAGGGUCCCCAGCAGCAACAAGUACAGGUGUAGGGGACGCUGCUUCCUCAGGGAGUGCUGGUGCUAAGGUGCCGCGGCGGGAGCUCCGGGGCCUGUACUCCUCUCCAGCCCGGCGUAUACUCAGCGUCUGGCUGCCGCAGACUAUUGACUCUGCUUCACGGCAGGCGCUCGCGUUCUCUGAGGGGGCUGUAAAUGCAUGCAUGAAGUUGAGCAGGUCAUUCAGCUCCACCAGAGGAGCAGCAGGAGAGUUCGCGCAGAGCGACUCAGGCGGCAAUGGCAUGCCGUGGGACUGGACAGACAACGUAGAUUUCAAUGAUACGGAUGCACACGUACACACCCCAACAGACACCCCAAAAACUGAUGUGUUCCGCGGGCUCAGUGGCUACGAAACCAUUUCAUAA